UUCUUUGAAAAUGUACAUUUAUAAAUGUAACAUUUUAUGAAUUUAUAAAUAUAAAUUAAUUUAAAAAUUUUGCACUAAACAUAUUUCCAAAAUAAGUGGAGAAUUAUUUCUUCAAACUGAUGACAAAAAGAGAUUGUCCACACAAUGAAAGUAAAUGGGGUCCAGUGUUUUUGUACCCAACAUUCUUCAAAAUAUCUUCUGUCGUGUCUCACAGAAGAAAGUCAGUCAGGUUUGGAACAACAUGAAGGAGAGUAAAUUGUUCAUUUUAGGUGAAUUAAUGUUUUCAGAAAGUAAAUUAAACAGAACUAUGAAAACGAAGGGGGGAAAUAGUAUAUUUAAUAGGAAAAUGAGAUAUUUAUCAUCCAAUAAAUCCAUCAGCUUAAAGCAAUAGAUCUGACUUUAGUUAUUUUUUAUGGCAAAUUUCACAAAAUAAACUUCUACCACAUAAAUAUUUCUCUCCUGUAUCAAAAUAUUGAUUAUUCAUUUAGUCCAUAAAGGCAGAUGCAGUAUAGAUAAUGUUAUGAACAUGUCUCAUAUGAAUAUGUUUCAUAAGAUUAUCCAAUUUGAAUACGUCUCCAGCUCGAGUGGUUUUAUAUUGUAACGUGAUCUUUGAGCUGCUUUACCAGCUGCUGGAUUCCAACAAUGGGACGUCACUGCCCUGAUCGCCACGGCAACAGCGCUCCUGGAUCAGGUGGACUCACGAGGAAAAGAGGAGACGGAGCAGCAGAUUCCUGUCCUGAAUCCAAGGAGGAUGCUCCAUCUGGGAAGAUUUAUAUUGAAGUUAUUUCAAUCGGCAAGCUACUGUAAGUGGAAGAAGAGACGACUCGAACCCCUCACACGCACUCCUCUCUCAUGAUGCGUCAUUUCUGAUGCAUGUCACAUGCAUUCUGUGGCACAGAGGUGUCAUGCUGAAAAUUCAGCUUUGGAUCACAGGAACAAAUUACAUUUGACAAUAUAUUCACUUAGAAAACACAUAUUUGACCCUGGAGCACAAAACCAGUCAUAUUUGUAGCAAUAGCCAAAAAUACAUUGUAUGGCUCAAAAUUAUCCAUUUUUCCUUCAUGCCAAAAAUCAUUAGGAUAUUAAGUAAAGAUCAUGUUCCAUGAAGAUAUUUUGAAAAUAUUCUACCGUAAAUAUAUCAAAAGUAAUUUUUUGAUUAGUAAUAUGCAUUGCUCAGAACUUCAUUUGAACAACUUUAAAGGUGAUUUUCUCAAUAUUUAGAUGUUUUUGCACCCUCAGAUUCCAGAUUUUCAAAUAGUUGCAUCUCAGACAAAUAUUGUCCAACAAACCAUACAUCAAUUGAAGCUUAUUUAUUCAAGAAAUUGACCCUUAUGACUGGUUUUGUGGUCCAGAGUCACAUAUUUUAAAUUGUAAUAAUAUUUCACAAUUUGACCAUUUUUACUGUAUUUUUGAUCAAACAAAUGCAGCAAAUGAAACUUCAUCUGCUCUUCUUUCUGGAAAGAUUGUCGGGUUAUUUCAGGUCCCACAGAAGUAAACAAGCCAGAACCUUCUCACAGCCUUCACUAAUGUUUUUAAAACAAAAUAUAUUGGCUUUACUUAACUUUAGGCAUUAAUCAACUUGUUAGGCAUUAGCCAUAAUAUGGUUUUGUUACAUCCAUGGCAUGGUCAAAGUUGUUUAUUUUAUUAUUAACUAGCAGGUCCUCAACCCAAGCCCCCAAAAACACUAACAUACCAGAAACUCUACAAACAUAAAAGAGCAUUAAACAUUAACAAGUCUCACAAUUUUAUAAUCUUAAUUUUAAAUUAAGAAAUAAUUUGAUUUGAAAUAUUUUAUUUCAACAUUUACUCUCCUUAUCUAGCCCUGUGCAAAGCAUGUUGGGAAGGGGAAAUCCACUUAUACAAAUAAAAUCAUUUAUGUACUCUCAAUUCAAAUUAAUUAAGUUAAUUGGUUGUAAAGAAUUGUGUUGGAUUAACAAGCAUCACACACACACACACACACACACACACAGGCUCUUUCUGCAUGUUGUCAGUCAUGCGUGUCACAUGUGUGUUGAGGCUCAGAGGCGUCAGUCUAAACCACUAACAAUAGAGCUCAGCUCACCCUCGUCCCACUGGAGAGCUGCAGCAGCUGGACUCUGAUCCAGAACCCACAGCUGAGUCUCACAGACGCUUAAAUACUGUGACCUCAGCACUGCUGCUCCAAUCCGGUCCGGUCCAGUCCAGCAUGGCUGCUUUAAGAGCUGCGAGAUGCAACAGCUGGACUCACAGAGACUUUAAAUCUGCUGAGUAACACAGACUCCAGGUCAACCUCGUGCAGAGCUCUGGUCAUCUCCGGUCUUCCAGCUGUCGUGUUUCUGCUCUGACCCGCUCAGAUGGACCGAUCCGCACAGGAGCUGUUUCUGAACUUUAUGGUUGUGUUGAUCACAGUUCUGCUCAUGUGGUUACUGGUCAAACAAUAUCAGGAUGCAUGAGGAGCCAAGAGCUCAUUCCUCAUCAUCAUCAUCCUCAUCAUCGUCCUCAGCUGCGAAGAUGAGCUCCAGCACCGGACGAUGAUGUUUCUGCAGACGGAUGGAUCGUCUCAUGAUGCCUUCAGUUUGUCCGUUGGAUUGCUGUCAUGUGUUAAAUGUUAAAUGCUUUGAUACUCUGAAUGUUUCAUGUGAUAAAUUGGGGGAAAAAACACUCAAAUUAAUUGCCAAAAGAGUACCAGCAAUGUGUUGAGUGAAGACAUUGUUUUAUUUGUUUAAAUAAAGAACUCUUUGGCAAUGCAA